UGCUCCGCGGCCCCUCCUUCCGCGCGCUUCUUCCGGGUGGGCUGGCGCAGGGGCCAAGGCCAUGGCUCUCUGGGCGCUGCUCAGCCCUGGGGUGCUGGUGCGGACUGGGCACACCGUGCUGACCUGGGGAAUCACGCUGGUGCUCUUCCUGCACGACACCGAGCUACGCCAAUGGGAAGAGCAAGGAGAGCUGUUCCUGCCCCUCACCUUCCUGCUCCUGGUCAUGGGCUCCCUGUUACUCUAUCUGGCUGUGUCACUCAUGGACCCUGGCUAUGUGAAUACUCAGCCCCAAUCUCAGGAGGAGCCCAAGGAGGAACAGACAGCUAUGGUACCUCAGGCUAUCCCACUUAGGCGUUGCAGAUACUGCCUGGUGCUGCAGCCCCUGAGAGCCCGACACUGUCGACACUGCCGCCGCUGUGUUCGCCGCUAUGACCACCACUGUCCCUGGAUGGAGAACUGUGUGGGUGAACGUAACCACCCCCUCUUUGUGGCUUAUCUGGCACUGCAGCUGGUGGUUCUCCUGUGGGGCCUGUACCUGGCAUGGUCUGGCCUCCGGUUCAUCCAGCCCUGGGGGCUGUGGCUGCGGUCUACUGGGCUUCUGUUUACCACCUUCCUGCUGCUUUCCUUCUUCUCAUUGGUGGUCAGCCUGCUCCUGGCCUCACACCUCUACCUGGUGGCCAGCAACACUACUACCUGGGAGUUCAUAUCCUCACACCGAAUUGCCUACCUCCGCCAGCGCACCAGCAACCCCUUUGACCGAGGUCUGACUCGAAACCUGGCCCACUUCUUCUGUGGGUGGCCCUCUGGGCCCUGGGAGACCCUCUGGGCUGAAGAAGAGGAGGAAGGCAGUAGUCAGGCUGUCUAGGGUUACUGAAGAGAAGGUGCCAUUGUGCCUAAAAACAGGAGGCUGUGCCACCAGAGACCAGCCCAGUUAGCCUGAGCUAUUUACCCCUUCCCAGAGCUCUCCGCCUUCAGCAGAGCAGCAGACAGGACCCCCCCCCCAACAAGGAAAGGACGUAUGGGGGAAGGGGGGUCAACACAAAGUGAACCCAAACUCCACCAUGACCCCUGGCCUGGCUACCUCAAAUGUAUAGCUUUAUUAAUUUAAUAUUCUAUAAAGGCAAGUAUUAAAAAGACAAA